CGGAUGUUGACAGAGCUCGUGCAGUGCAACAGCAUCUCCGCGUUUUACACCAUAAGCCGGACUGUUUUGAAAGAAUUUGACGGGGUCAAAUUAUACUUUCACCAUGGGCAAAGUUGAAGGCGGGAUGAAAUGUGUGAAAUAUCUCCUCUUCGUGUUCAACUUUAUAUUCUGGUUGAUGGGCUCGCUGGUUCUGGCUGUGGGCCUCUGGCUCAGACUUGAUACAAAUACUGUGUCUCUUCUAGGAGAAGGCGGACCUGAUACCUUCUUUAUCGGGGUCUAUAUCCUCAUCGCGGCCGGGGGUCUGGUGAUGCUGGUGGGCUUCUUCGGCUGCUGUGGUGCCGUGAGGGAGUCUCAGUGUCUUCUGGGAUUGUUUUUCGCCUGUCUUCUGGUCAUCUUUGGAGCAGAAGUUGCUGCAGGAGUGUUUGGGUUCCUCAACAAAGAUGAGAUCAUUAAGGAAAUAAAACAAUUCUAUGACGAAUCAGCAGGAAACAACGGCAAUAAUGCAACCGUCCAGUCCUACCAUAUCAUUUUGAACUGCUGUGGCUCACCUUCAACACAAAGCAGUUUGUGUCAAGACGUCGUAUCAAACCAGACAUGUCAUGAGGCCAUUGAACAGUUUUUCAGCAGUAAGCUCUUCAUCGUGGGUUAUGUGGGGAUUGGAAUCGCGGGAGUCAUGAUUAUUGGCAUGAUCUUUAGUAUGGUCCUAUGCUGUGCAAUCCGGAACAGCAGGGAGGUGAUCUAACACAGUCUUCCUCACCUGGACAUGACCUUUCACCUUUGACACUUAACCUCUGCUGGACUUGCAUAUACAACAGUAACAUUCCAACCAAGCUCAAGGUGUUCUUCUGCCACUCAGGAGCCGAAAACAAACCCCACUUUCAUAAUCCUGUACACCUCAACCAAACGAUGGUUAGUCCAGCCUAGUUGUUUAAACUCGAUCAAAUUGCUGGAUUGUCUUUAUUUAAUGCCUGCUGGUUGGGUGCAGAGCUGGAUCUUCCAAAUGUGACAAACACAAGUUGUUAAAUUCGUUUGAAUAUAAUUUAGAUUUUGACUUCAGUUAUAGUGCGCACUGAUCAGCUCUUUCUGCGAGAGUUUGCAGAUUUAUGUAUUGAUGCUAUUCCAGGCUGUUGCUGCGUCAGAUAAAAAUAUUGUGUAAUGUGAUGCCAGGGGUUCUGUGGCAAACCCACGGCCGCUGGGAACGGUGAGAAGAAGACCCACAGAUGCCUUUCGCUUUACGUUUGUACACAAACAAAGUAGUCUUCUACGUCACAGACAUGUUCCAAGCACAAACAAAUGCUUAGCGAAGGUUCAGAACGACAUGCACAUGCGCACAAAACUCACAUGUUGGUGAUCUUCAGAAGAAUCCUUGUAUCCAUAUCAUCCAGUAAGCCCUCUUAAAGGGACAGUUCACGCAAAAAUUAAAGAUCUAUAAUCAUUUAC